AUGACCUCAUUCAUUAUUCAAGGUACAUCUAAACCUACUCCUUAUACCCGAGAAAAAUACCCGAAGCUCUUUCUCCCUCUCCACUCUCCAUAUUUUCUCCACACGGCUCCGGCCACCACACACGGCUCCGGCCGCCCGGCAUCGGAGGGCCUUUGGCCAACACCCCCCGGGUGUGGUCUAUUUACUCCAAUCUAUUUUACAGGAAUCGAGGAAGAGAGAGAAGGAAGAUCGAAGGUUGAAGGAUCUAGAAGCGAAUAUUCUCCCGUGAGAUUAUUUGCACAAACAUUUGGUGCUUUCAUUGAGAGCACAAGUUAUACUCAACACGUGCUCAAGGAAUCAGUUCCUCCUAUUUUCCAAUCCACCGAAGCCUUCCGAACAACCAUGGUUGGAAGCAAAGGCACUAGGAGCAAAACUGCCGCGAUGGCUCAAUCCAUGACAGCCCAAAGCCACUCCACCCACGAUCCCGCGAUCGACAUGGUGGCACCACCACCUCUCGCCACCUCUCGCCACCUACCGGACCCGCGGCCGGAUCUAGCAACCUCCGUGGCACCACUGCCGAACAUGGUGGAACCUCCCAUCAAGAUGGGCUCGUUACCACCACCAACUUAG